CGAUACGCUCCACCGAAGCGCUACUGCCGUGCAUGGAGGUGGUGAAGUGUUGUGACAGUGCAUUGGAACUGCUCGCGCUACGUCGUCGUCGUGCCUGAGUUGGCGUCGACCCUCCGACUUGCGAGGCCGUUAAGUAAUUACGUCAUCGUGAGCUGCCAAACUACUUGAAAGAGAAACGUAUCAACCUAUACUUGGGACUGGGUGUGAACCCAGAUACGACGUGUGGUUUUAUGUAAUCGUGAUACUUUUACUGGAGAAACUUAGUGGAUUUGUGAAGAUUUGCUGUUUGUACACCGAUAACUUGGAUUGAAGUGAUUAAAUAAGUGAGGUGUACUUUUCGGUCUCUUACAUUGUAGUGUUCUGUAAACAAGUGAUUUGUGCAUUUAUUGGAUUGUAUUCUUGGACAGCCACCAACUAAAUGGCCAUUAUAGCUAAUCUGACAUAUACAGCAGAAUGAAGACGAUGAGAAGCGGACAUUCUCAUCAAGCUGGGUAGCUGUUAACAAAAGUGGCGCUUGACGCAGCAAAAGUGCGGAGCAUGGAUGUGUUCAGCAAUGUCCUAGAGGGCACAAGACAGUACUUUAUGGGGCUACCGAAACAAGCACAAUCGGAAGGGGGUGGUCCCACCAAGUGGCAAAAUGAACCACAACCACAGCUUGAUGCGCAUCCUACCACGCCUUCACCCGCAAGCCGUCCGCCAUCAGUUUUGCCUGUACCCGCAGCACCACCACGCCCACCCUCCGAGCCUUUAGAGCCCGAACCACACAUCAUUCACAAAGCUACUGUGAUGCGUGAAGCCGCUGAGAAGCGCCGCGAACAGCCCGAGCCCGAUGACGAUGAAGAGCCACCUGCGGCUAUUUCACCACCUAGCCACAUCAUCCGCAAGCCACCGCCGGCACCGGCGCCAGCGUCUACGCUGGCUGUUGCCCCAGCUGCGGCUUCACCUGCACCGGCACCCGCUGCACCCUCUCCGUCGCCCGCUCGCCCACCGUCAGCUGCGCCCUCGCCAGCCGUGCAUGUCGCGCCGCCCUCAGCACCCGUGCCGCCAUACGUCCCGGCUGAGCUUACGUCGCAUUCAUCCUUAGAUGCAGCGCAAUAUCGGCCGACGUUGCACCGUGGCCACACACCUGUACGCUCACUAGAUCCUUUUGCGCCAGGCCGCCCACCCGAUCCGUAUCAGGCAUCGCGUCCACCUGAAACGUACGCGCGGUACCCAUACGAAUCUAACCUACCGGACUCGGGUCGUAGUGUACAUGGUCCGCCGACUCCUUCACCACCGCGUCAUGGUAGUCCACAAACGUACGCUCGCUUAUCCAGUACGAUGCCUCAGCACGUCCCGCGUAUGCGUGAGCCUCCUGUGCCUACGGGCUCGUCGCAGCGAUAUGCGCCUGCACCCGCGCAACCAGCGCCGUUGCCCAACGACCGCGUGCCUCCUAUUCACCAUCCAUCGAUCCCAUCUCCGCAGCAACGUUUGCCAACGGACACUCGAGCCGUACAGUACCCACCUCUUUCGCAACGCCGUGAACCUUCACCAUACAACAGGGCUGUACAGUACGAUCGUCAUCCUCAACUUCCAUCGCGGAAGUAUGAUCCUCAACAAGCUUAUCCUGGCUAUCGACCUGGGCCGCCAGUCACACAGACGGUACCGACGCACCCACCAGCGCCAUAUAAACAUGUGCCUGUUGAAGCUGCCGGAAUUCCUUAUCCUACGAGACCUCUGGAGCGAACACCAGCACCCUUGCAACCUUACUCACUUGACUCACGUCUCACGCACGAAGCGUCGAGACGGGCUGAGUACCCUUGUAUUAGACCUGUAGAAACACGACCGGCGCAGUACCAUUAUUCUGCAGCUUCAUCGUCAUCUUCGACACGGUACGCGCCCGCUGCCAAUACUGUCCAAAGCUCAUCAACGCCAUCGAGAUCCGUUCAUAGACCUGUUGCAGCACCAAAAUCAAAUUACGAUUUACCGCCAUCAAAUCCAGUUCAAACGUCUCCUGCGCGUUCCAAUGUCAAACCUGGAUAUCCAAAUCAACAAGCACGAAUGACAGUUACAGUAACAUCACUCGUAAAUCAAAUGAAUCAAACUAAACAGAAGCGAGAGUCUCCUUUGGACUUAUCAGUAAAAACAGUAAAAAACUCCGCUGAUUCUUCAACUACUCAAGAUGAUGUUGUAGAUUCUGCUACGACGGAAAGCAAAAUAAUACCACUUCAACCACGACCUACCUCUAGUAGCCGACGUGGCACAGCAAACACGAGUUUCGGCGAGUCUCACAAAGUAGACUUUGCUCCAGACUUUUCACAGUACAGAGAUAGAAGUGCAAGUUACAGCUAUAGUGCGCCUCGCCCUCUAGACCAGCCUAGUAACCAUUCCGUACGAUACAAUGGUACCUACGAAGCUCCUAGAUCCGUUGCUGAGUCAUUUCCAGUAGAACCUCGACAACACGUAUAUCCGGAUCGCAAUAAAUACAAUGUACCACCAACUAGAACCGAUUACGUUCCUCGAAUAGAUCUUACGAGACCUGCAAAUGACGAACGUCGUCCCGACAACAGAAUAAGAGACGAUAGACACUUCGUCAUAGAGGAGAGAAAACGUCCCUCUGGCCCUAUUGUUAGUAACAUUCCAGAGAAAAUAGUGCGAUAUGAGACAUGGGUGGCAGAUAGCAGAAUAGACCAUAUGAGUUUGUCAGCACGCGAACAGCAUGAAUUGAUGAGUAGACCAGUGUAUAGUUAUAGCAGUCAUAAACAGUUUGAGGCUUACCAAAAUGAACAAAAGCGCGUUGCGUCAUCAAGUAGCCAUCGUGAACAUUACACACAUCUAAAACAUCGAUAUCCUUAUCCUGUAGAACCACCAACACGUGACCGAGCUGAUUAUAAUGCUCACUAUCAUGACAGGAAUCCGUCUAGUAACAGCCGUCAUGUUAUACAAAAGAUUCCGAGCCAUAAAGAUGCCCAUCAUCAUCACUUAGAUCUACAAUCGGCAAUGCCCGAUAAGCGAGUUCUAAGUAUAUUACGAAACAGUUUAGAAACAAAACAAUCUGGUUUUGUCGAACCGCCAAGACCUGCAAGACAAAUACGGGAUGUUAUCGUUAUCGAUGAUGUUGAUGAUUCUGUAAUAGAAAUAACGGAUCUUACAAAAGAAGACACAGAAAUGACAACAAAAGGUGUGCCUAAACCGGGGCAUUCUCAAAAUGUUCCUAACGUAGGCCAUCACAUUCAAAUGCCCAAAGCUAUAGACUCUUUGCCCCGGGACUCGGAGUAUCAGAGAUACGAGAAUACAGAGCCCAAAAGUUCUUUAGAAAAUGACGUAGCUUCUAGAAUAAGAACAAAAGGGGAGUUGAAAGUUUUGCCAUCAGAUAACAUCAUGAAAACUGAUUUAAAACAAGAUGAACCUGAAAAGGGCAAAAUUCUUCCAAAGUCGCAAAAACAACAUCUAUUUAAUCAAAUUCGGGAAGAUUUAAGACUAGAAUCAGUCAUAAAGGGUGAUAAACCUGAAGCAAUAAUACCAGAGGUAAAAUCAGAACCCAUGAACAUUGAAGAAAUAGAAAAAGACGCUGCAGUGCCCAUUAAAAUAGAAAAUAUAUUGAACAACUUGGAAUCUCCGAAUAUAACUUCCCCAAGCCCUGCAUUAGAAGAUGAUUUAGACUGGGCUAGUGCUUGUGAUAAUUUUAUGGAGCAACUGAAAUCAGGAUGCCACAAAAAGAAAAAUCAUAGAAAGCGUAUCGAUACGUCAGAAAAUAAUAAUGAUGCUAAAAAUUCUAAAGCUCCAAAAGUAGAGACAACAGAAGCAUCGUCUACUAUGCAGACUGUUAAUCAGCCUUUGACCGUUAUCGGAAACGCCACGUUAGAUCCUGCAAUAGUUGUUAAACAAGAACCUGUUGACGAAGACGAAAUCAAAGACUCUGACGAAAAGUUUGUAAAUGAGUCCUGUAACAACGAGAUUGUUAAACCAUCUGGAGCCCUAGACUCUAUGCAAAUUACUAUUAAAACUGAAAAGACCUCUACAAUUGACACUUCAAUAGAAAAAGAUGAAACUACAAAAUUAUCUGUAGAGAGUCUACAAAAAGAUAAGGACAAGACCAGAGGAAAAAAAUCGUCAGUUCUGCGCGAAGACAAAAAACUCAGCGACGAAAAGAAAGUUACUCCAAACAAGACUAAAAAGACUUUACAAGAUGAAAACGGUAAACAUGUAGACAAAUCAAAGCCGAAAAAGAAAUUAUUAUUUGAAGAAGAUAAAAAGGUAAUACAAACCGAUAAACCAAAGUUGAAAAAGAAACUGAUAUCCGAGGGCGCAAAAGAAAGCCCACCUGAAAAACCGACGCUGAAGGAAAAAACAUUUUUCGAAGGUCAAAAAGAAAAACAAAGAGACCAACCAAAUUUACAGAAAAAAUCAUUAUCAGAAGACAAACUUAAAGACCAAGUAAAAAAUAAGAAGGCAUCUUCAAGCGACGAAGAUAAAAUAAAUACAGAAAACGAAAAUAAAAAAGGUAAAAUUAAAAAAUCAUUACCUCAAGAAUCCCCCAUAAAAGAAGAUGGAGGAAAAAAGGAUAAUAAGGGCAAAGUUAUAGGAAAAUCUGAAAAAAAUAAAAUGCUCAAAAAAAAUUGUAAGACAACAGACAGCCCUACUAAGAACAAAAUUUCAGGGAAGUUUAAAUCUAGAUUCGACAAAAAUGAAGAAACGACAGUAAUCGUGAAAAAAGAAACUUUAGAAGAACCAAUAAAAACUGUAAUCAAAGAAGAAUUAGAGUCCACAGACGACGAUGAACCCCUAAUUAAAAGCAAAUUGCAAAAAGAAAAAGAAAUGAAAUAUCAAUUAUUAAAAGACCUUUCUGAAAAAUCCGCUUAUGUUAAGUUAGAGUGUUUUGACGUAGAUUUAAAUAAAAACACAAGAAUAUCUAUCGACUCAUUAACUAAAGAUAAAGAUGAUAAACUUAAUAAAGGAAAACUAACAAGACAAUCACAGAGAUGCAAGGGCAAACCAAUUUCUAUAGAUAAUAAUAAAAAUGAAAAUCAGGAUGAGGAGUCAAGUUCAAAUAGCGAUGAUGAGGACCUUGCUGUAACCACAAGACUUCGUGUGAGAAAGAGCAUCAAAACUGAAGAGAGUAAAGUUGCACCUGUAAACAAAACUCCUGUAAAAACAUCAUCGAAAAAGCAAGAAAAUAGUAUAAUUAAUACCUCCACGCCGUUACGUAAACCAGGAUUUGGCGACGGCUCAGAUUUCCAUCCUGGAUGGGAAGAAGAACUUUACAGAUACAAACGAUCAUUACGCAUGCCACCUAGGCUGAUUGCCAUUCCAAGAGGACGAUCAGGAGGGCCGUUUGUCCGCGGCCAUGGAACAUUUUUCACGCGUGGUUCUACUUCCCUUCCAGAUUUAGACCCUGCUCCCCUGUCACCUGCGCCUUCAUUAACACCAUCCGCUGCAACAGAUGAUCUGUGCGCACGACGUCCAGAUAAACUCAAUCUUGACAGUGACCUUGAAUCUAAUUCCAGCUGGUCGGCAGUAAACCGGUUGCAUUAUGAUUCUGAAGCUUCUACGUCAACUGUGUUCUCAUCUACAAAAGCUAAAAAGAAAGGUUCUAUUGUUGAUGUUCUUAUGCAGAAAUGUGGCAAGGCUAACGAGUCAAAUAAAAGAAAAAAUAAAGAGAAAGACGAAAAAACACCAAAAUUAAUACCUAAAAGUGGUAAUGCCAACGAAUUACUUCCAACGCCAAGUCUAGGUCUUGUUAAAAAUUUAAAUAAAGGGAGUUUAAGUGCGAAGAAAGAAAAGUUGAUGGAAGAUAUAUUUUACCUCGGUCCUUUUAGAAAGGAAACAGUUGCAGCCUUCAGAAAUGACUUCAUUAAAAAUACGGAAGGUUUAUUAGGCGCUACAGAAGAAUUUUCGCCCGUAAUACUGAAAUCUAGGACACGAACAGAGAGCAGAGUAUUGAAAAAGAGAGCUACUAUCAAAGAAGUAUUUGGAGAUGAAAGACCUGCGUCGGCUCCGCCAACAUCGUGUAGAGAGGAAGACGAAGUAACGUCAGCAGUAGAAGAGGAACCAAAAGUUACGGUAAAAAAAGAACCUGAAUCAAAGCCAAAAAUUAAACCCAAACCAAUUGUAAAAGAUAAAUUGAAGCGGAGAUCCAGUUCAAUACGAGAUGGUCUUAGAAGUACAAAAUCACUAAAAAGAAACGACGCUAAGGGAAGACUGAUGAGGCUGAAGAAAAGAAAUAGUUUAAUGAAGUCCCUAGCUAACAAAAGAUUGAAAGAUUUAAACAACAAAAUUAAAAAAGAAAAAACAGAUGACGCUGUCGAGGACAACGAAAAACGUAAAGAAGAGGGUAGUUCACCAAGCACAGUUGAAGGCAGCACCAAAAGACGUUUAAAACGAUUGUUUGGAAGACGAAAAUACAGUUCAGGAUUCGAUUACAUCAGAAAAAAGAAGAAAAUCAUACGGAGAGAAGAUACUCCCAAUAACAAAAUUCGUCGACCAGGGCCAAAACCGAGUCCUGAAUCAGUACACGACAUACAGAAAGAAAUCAAAAGCUGGUUCAUUAAUAAGAGCAUUGGCGAGACGCAUCUUCACCGCGCAGCAAGACUUGGUUAUACGGACUGUGUCGCGUACUGCCUAGAGAAAAUGGAAGCAGAACCCUCUGCUAAAGACAACGCUGGGUUUACACCAUUACACGUGGCAGCGGCUAAGGGCCAUGUUAGGAUUGGAAGACUUCUCCUGCAAUACGGGUCCAACGUUUCUGCGGCGGCGCAAGGGGGUAUCAGACCGCUACACGAAGCAUGCGAGAAUAGUCACGUAGAGAUGAUACGACUACUUUUGGCAUACGGCGCUGACCCUUUGUUGGGCACUUAUGCGGGGCAGACGCCAGAAGAACUGGCAGAGGGAUCGGCGGCAAGAUUUUUGAAACUACAUAUAGCUGACGCUCAAGGAAAAGCUGUCGAGCCAUGGAAGUUUCGAUCACCUGCUGAACUUUUCGACCGCGAAGAGCUGGGCUGUGAUCCCCUCGCCUCGCCUCCACCAUCUUCACCGCCUCCCCCGCCAGACGCGACUAUAGAGAUGCAGUGCACUGAAGCGCCUUUACCUCCUUUCUACAGCUUGAGGAAUACUUCUGGACAGCCCUCAGAAGGGCUUUGGUGUCUGCUGCAGGAUGUCAUCAACUUGCUACAGAUCAAAUCAAAAGAAAGCCUACUAAAGCAGAUCCACUGCGGUUCAGGCUCACCAAAAGAAUUGCUUCGAGAGAUCCGCACCCAAGAGUUCUUAGAGCGCGCGCAAUGUCACCAACUGCUUGGCGCUGGAGAAAAGGUCAACGUGCGAGCCUCCAAAGUGUCCCUUAUCAGGGUCACAGACAAACUGAGACAACUGCUCAAGAUAGAGACCGUCCUUAUAAGCUGACGACAUUCAGCUCAGCAUGGAAUUUCAAAAAAGAGUCGCUAAAGACAGUUCAGAGAUUUCACUCCUAAGUGGAAAUCAUGGACGAUGCAUUCAACACUGGAAGAGGAAUAGAUAGAAGUACAGAUAGAAUAGAGAAAUAUGAAAGAUGUUAUAGAAAAUGUAUGCCCAAAAAAUUAAUAUUGCUUGGAAAAGAUAUUAUAUAAAGUUACGAGAUUCGCAGAAGACGAUGGUCCACGGCUCAACAGCGAGAUCUUAUACCAAUCGACUGACUACUGUAAUCUAAACAAAGAUAUCUCAUUAUGAACAAAGUAAAAUAUUCGUUACUUGAGACUGUUAAUUUAAGGCAGCCAUUUUGACGUCGCACGAAAGCGAAUUUCGAGUUUGUUUCAUGUCAUGAACAACAUUUUGUAAAUAGUGUAUAAUAUUAACUUUUUUUCGCAUAUAAAUAAUGCUUUAAGUGUAUGAUAUUCUCAUGGGUGCUAUUUAACGUUGGUGUACGGUGUUUUGUAUGUAAAGAUAAGUAGGUAAUGUGGCGAAUCGCUAAGUUUAAACGAGAUGUAGUUACCAUAAUAUUAAUGUAAGAAUAGCAUAAUCUUCAACUGAGUGUGCAAUAGUAUGUCCAUCGAUGGUUUUUGUUUGUAUGUGGAUGGGAGAGGUGCAAACGCGCCAAGGCACAGGGUCGAAGAGCCUUAUCACACGAUCCGUACUUAAUGUCAAUGAGUGUAAAUUUAAGAUGCAUGGAAUUCCUCCUCUCUCAUACAAAGUUUGAAGUCAGAAUAAGCUUGAACGAAACACCUUUGUGAAGUUUACACAUAGGCCUCUAUAAUACUAAAAUAUUUUGUUUUACAAUGUGCCCUGAGAUUAUGCUCUUUGAUCUUUUUUAUUAUAGCUAUUUUUCGUUCAUUGUUAUGUUUGCUUGUCUGUCCAAAAUAUUUUUAUUAAUUAUUGUACAAUUAUUUUACUUAAUAAAAAUCAAGUUGUUUUUAUUUAUACAGUUCUCUUAGGAAUUUAGAAAAUAAAAUUAUUGAAUCAUAUUGUGUAAUGCAUAUCGCAAAAAAUAUUAACACUGUAAAUAAGAUGAACAGAUAUUUUAUUUACUUAUUUUGUGGAAACUUUCAUCUGAAUAUUAACCAAUGGAAAACGAAUAAAAUAUUUUUCUAUUGGUAGGUAUUUAGCUUGUGAUUAAAGUAUUUUGGAUCAUUGUAAGGUCGAAGACGGAUACAGGCAAAGUUCCGCCCCUGCAGACUUGUGGAGAAUAACGAAGAAGUACAUGAAUAAUCUGUGAUGAAAUUAUAUUAGAAAGGAUAACAUUUAGCGCGGAAAAGGUGUGAACAUAGGUAAAUGAAUUUUGGAGAAAAUGAAUGAAAUGUCGAUUUAUAACCUAGUAUACUUUCGUGAGUGAAACAAAUUGGUGUAAAACUAUCUGUUAUUAGCAGUACCUACAGUGUAAGUAUUAUUAUAA